GCUGUCAUCUACGCAGGAGUUAAGGGACACCUUGACAAAGUUGACCCUUCUGUGAUCACCAGAUUUGAGAAGGAAUUCCUUGCUCACAUUCGCGCUACUCAACAAGAUUUGCUGAAGACCAUCCACACUGAGGGACAAAUCACACCUGCGACUGAUGCUAAGUUGAAGGAGGUGGUCACGAACUUCCUAGCUACAUUCAAAGUUUAG